AUGGCAGGGAACUCUAUGAUAUCUUGGAAAAGCAAGAAACAGAGUACUGUUUCCCGUUCUUCUGCAGAAUUUGAAUACAGAGCAAUGGCGUCCGUUGCUUGUGAUGUUUUAUGGUCAGUUCUGUUGUCCAUUGAGGGGAAAUUGGAUGUGCAGAGGAAUAAAUUGAUGAGCAAAAAGGAGGGGUUUUUGCCAAAUAUGGAGUUUGAACAAGACCCUGUUCAGAUUCUUGAUGCAUUGAUGCCUCUAUAUUUGAAUAAUCAAAUCUUGAGGGCAUUACAAGAGUCAUUAGCAAGUGAGCUUGCUGCUAGGAUGAAUGUAAUGAACAACGCUAUUGAUAACGCGAUUGAUUUGAAGAAGACUCUUUCGAAUGCUUAUAAUCGCCAACGACAGUCUAAGAUUACUAGUGAAAUACUCGAGAUUGAAUUGUAUUGCUUCCUUUUAUUGAACUCAUGA